AUGUUUUCUAUUAUGUUUAUACUGAAGUGUAUUGAUGUGGCUGGAGUAAAUACGGUAUGUGUCACUCCUACACGCUUUUCACUUAACAGCCCCAGCCCGCCACUGAUUGCUUUCGUUUCAUUCACAUCACCUGUUCACUUGCACCCCCCUCUUCUCGGAAGACCCCCCCUCCCCACUACUUUAACCUACAAGAAGCUAUCCGACUCGACCCUGCUAUCUUUUUUCCCACACCCCAACUUCCCGCUUGAACCGUCAAGCAGCCUAUUAUUAUUUUUAUACAUUUUUUUUCUCUCUAUCAUUUUUCUAUGUAUUUCAUUUUUAUUCCAUCUUCUUCCUCUUUUUUCUUUUUUCUUCUUCUUCUUUGUCAUUGUCAUCGUCUUCUUCGUUAUCGUCGUGGUUUUCUUUUUCUUUUUUGUCAUCGCCUUCUUCUUCUUCUUCUUCUUCUCCUCCUCCUUUUCUUCUUCUUCUUCUUCUUCUAUGUCAUUGUCGUCGUCAUCUUCUUCGUUAUCAUCGUCGUCUUCUUUUUCUUUUUCGUCAUCGCCUUCUUCUUCUCAUCUUCCUCCUUUCUUCUUCUUCUUCUUCUUCUUCUUCUUCUUCUUCUCUUCGUGGGUGAUAUUUCGUCUGUCUGUCAUUCGAUUCCUUCACCCUAGCCCUUACACAAUAUGGCGCUCACAUUUACUCUUUAUAAAUGUCUUUACUUACUAUGUCAUUAAUUUUCUGGCUAUUUCCGAUGCAUCUCUUCCACUCUUUUUUAAACAUCAUAUACCCCACCACCACCUCCACCACCACUUAUUAACAACCAGUUUUCUUUCUCUGUUCAAGCCUUUCAUCAGAAAACUCUUGUUCCUUCUCACAAUGUGA